CUAUUUGUUGCCAAAGCAACAAGAUAAAAGUCCAACAGAACAGGAGCAAAUAGUCCAUAUGCGUGCAGGUUUGGGCCGUAGGACGGCUCAUCUUGAUGAAGGCACAACACAUGAAGAGUUAUGUGAUGCCUUCAAAAUUCUUUUCCCAAAAUUGGGGGCCGUUGCAGGAGGAUGGCUGCUCUACAAAUCUGCAGGUGGAUGGGGAAGCCGGAAACUAUCUCUUGUGGCUCCUGAUGUCUCUGGCUAUACAGGCAUGAUGUUGAAGUCUGUAAGUCGUGGGGGUAAAACUCUGUUCAUAGCCCCAAUUCAAGAAGAACUCAGCACAGAUCCCCUACCGCUUACUGAUGAAGCAUUCAACAGUAUGCCAAAAGCAACAUGUCAGAAGUGUGGAGCUGCAGUUCCUCUUCCACUCCUGACAGAACACAUCAAGUCUUGUGAUGUAAAAUAUGUUGACAGUGAUGACAAUCCAACUACCAGUACUGUGGACAACAAUGAGUCUGAAGAUAGAAAAUAUAUGCAGGAAUGUCCUGUCUGCACUGAGAUCUUCCCUACUGACUUCAUUGAGGUGCACGCUGCUUCAUGUGUGGAAAGGGCAGGAGAAGAGGUGACCCAAGAAAGCAGUGCAAUUGAAGAAGACCAAGCAGCAAUGCCUGGGCCAUCCGGAGCUCACGCUACUGUUACAGAAGGGUGGUUAUCUAUCAGCGACCCCUCCACAGCCAUAUCUCAGUGUGCCAGUCGUUUUCUCCGCAUUCAUGAGACAGAGAGCCCCUUACUCCUCAGCAUGGACAUCAGAAAAAGCCUUGGCGAACAGGACAUGGCCCUAAUCUCCUUCUACAAGCGACCUAAUGUGGAAUGGGCACGGCCGCUGAAUUGCAUUCUUGAAGGAGAUACUGCUAUUGGACAGGGCGUAACUCGCUUCUUUUUCUCAACAUGCAUGGAAAAACUGAACAAACUCAAACAUUACACGGCUCUUUGA